AUGGUGAAUCCACAACCUCCCAGCAGUACGACACCAUCCUUUGGUAUGGAUGCCGUCAUUGCAAACCUUCAGGCCAUUGAAAAAAGGCGCAAGCAGAAGCGACGACAAGAGAAACGAGAUCAAAAGAGAAGAAGGCAGCACAAGCAAGAAAGUACUACUAGUAACGAGAAUGAUGCCAACAGAAGGAGUGUGGAGACUGCCACAAUGAAAAAGCCCAAAGAUAGCAUCCCACUGAUGCGCACUACCAAUAUUCGAAAACGUCAACGGACAGAGAAAAAAGAAGACAAGGGACCAUCCAUGUCAUCUGCAACACCCUUGCCAGCCACCAUCAAUACCAAUGAUGUUGGUGAUAAUAAUGCUAUUACCACUAAUACAAGAGAACGAUUGCCAUUUGGAUAUUUUGAUGGGCGGACCAUUUUUCGAAAUUCCCUUCACCCCAGCGAAGUUGUCAAAGAUGGCUUUGUGACGCUUGCCGAGCUAGUUCCCCCCGACUGCACUCGGAUUCUGGCCACUUCCUUUUGCGCUCCUCAGGCCUUUGAAUGGUUGGAUCAAACCAUUUUGGGUGGGCCGUAUGGGAAAUAUGCCAGGCCCAGUCAUGUCUUAUUGGUGCACCAUGGAGAGGAAGAACAAAUGAUGAUGAUGAAGGAAAUCAAGGUGCGGCGCAAAAAGCAAGAAAACUGGUACAGGCUCGCCUAUCAACCUCACACGCGUGGGUGCAUGCAUCCCAAAGUAAUAUUGUUUCGUUGUAGCCAAGGUGGAUUGAGGUUGGUGGUGAGUGGUAACAAUUUCUAUCAAUAUCAGUGGGAAAAUGAUCGGGAUUGCCUGUGGGUCCAAGAUUUUAAAGAAGUGACAAUGACGAAUGAUCAUUGUUGUUACCACCACCAUGGCACAAAGCAAGAAGAAUCCCACAAGAUGCCAUUGCGGAGCUUUCUGACAGACCUUUGUCAAGGUGGUAGUCAUCAACGAUUCAUUAAGGAACACUUGGAGGCGCUCUUUUGCAAUAUUGAUCUGGAGCAAUCCAAUGCGUCCUUGGUCUAUUCCUUUCCUCGACUCAAAAAUGAUGCUGGGGAGAGGGGUGGUUGGAAACUGUUGACCGAAGUGGUGCAAGACUGCCUUCUCGAUGACUAUGAUACCGAAAAUGACUGGAAUUCUCCCAAUACACCCGAGUAUCAUCCUUCUACUUCUGACACAGAGAAACGGAAGGAUCGUUAUGUCCUCUAUGCCAUGUCAGGUUCGAUUGGGAAUUUGGAUCCUACCUUGCUCAAGUGCAUGAAGAAUGCCAUGACAGGAAAGGAUACCUUCUUUGAUGAUUUCCCGGCCAUGAAUGACAAGAAGGGCAUGGCUCAAGAGUGGGCCAAACUAGCGGGGAUUCAAUGCCUUCUACCCAGCCUCGAAACAGCACGGAAAAUGGACCCUACUUGGAAUGGCCGACUAAUGACCAAGUCGCACUGGAAUAGUAUUCCAAGAAUAGCCCAACAGCAACUCUUUGCCGACGCCAUUCCCAAUCCCAAUUUUGAACGAACCGAAACACGACCGAAACAUCCCUUUGCUCAUGCCAAGGUGCUCUAUUGCAAAUACAACAAGUCGACAGCAAUGCCGCAAUUGAGCAAACCCUCCAUAUUGUAUGUGGGAUCCCACAACUUUAGCAGGGCAGCUUGGGGUCACGCCGAUCGCAUGCCAGGAAAUGUGGAAGUGGGAGUAGUCUUGUCCACUUGUGAUCCCAUACUGGAGAAGGAAUGGGAAUCCCGAUUGCCGUAUUUAUUGUUGCCAGGCAGUAACAACAACAAGUCUGAUUAUUACCGGCCGUUGUUGGCUGGAGAUUGGAAGGAAAUACCGGAUACGCCAAAUCAAAUGGCGGUGGUAAUGGGCGACGGCGAUACUUUACCGCCAGCUAAUGAACUUUUAUUCGAAACGCAGCAACUAAUGUCACGCACAAGUUGA